AUGGAAAAGCAAUAUGAAAAGAAGAUCACAUGGACGAUUAAGAAUUUCUCCUCUUUGCAGUCUGACAACAUUUCUUCCGAUAAUUUCGUAGUUGGUGACUCCAAAUGGCGUCUUCUGGCUUAUCCCAAGGGAGAUAGGUCUAGUAAUAAGAAUUCAUAUUUGGCUGUCUAUCUCAUUGUUGCUGAUUCAGAAACUUUGCCUUAUGGUUGGAAAAGACACAUCAAAUUUCGCUUAACUGUUGUUAAUCAAACGUCAGAGAAACUUUCCCAACAAAAUGUAUCACAGCACUGGUUUGAAGAGAAGUCCAAAAGCUGGGGUUUCUUUGAAAUGCUUCCCCUUGCCAAACUUGUUAACCAAAAUGAUGGGUUUUUGAUGAAUGGAGAAGUCAAGAUUGUAGCCGAGGUUGGUGUUCUUGAAGUUUUUGGCAAAUCAGAUGUGUUAGAGGAAACUUUAUUAGUUAAUGAAAGCAUCAAUGUCAAUGGGUUUCAAGUUCUUCCUUCACAGGUAGAAUCUGUGAACAAUCUCUUUAAAACGCACCCAGACAUUGCAACAAAACUCCGUCUGGAGAACCCACGCCUCAGAACCGCAUACUUGAAUAGCCUACUAACCUUGAAUCAGAUCCUGUGCCAAUCCCCUGAGAAACUCUCCAAUGCUGAUCUCGCCAAUGCAUAUUGUAACAUAUCUUGUAUGACAAAAGCAGGUUUUAAGUUGGAUUGGUUGGAGAAGAAACUGAAAGAAGUUGGCAAGGCUCAGCUGCAACAACAUGAGCAAGAUUUGAAGGAAUUAAAGGACUUGAAGCAAGAGUUUAUGAUGCAGUUCUGA